AUGGACACCUUCUCCACCGACGCGUACGGGAAGCAAAGUGAUGCGUAUGCCAAUUUAUCGGGUUUGGCGUUACUGGCAUUUGACUACCUUAUCACUUUGGACGAAGAGGUUACUUGGGUAUGGGGAAAGAAAUGGGACAUCAGUCGCUGUGUCUUUACUUUGGCUCGUUAUGUGCCAUUCUCAGGACUAGUUCUAACGGUAUGGGCCGCUUUGAGAGCAGCUGCCCUUCAGCCGUGCAAUGCAACCCAGAAUGGCACUGCAUGUAAUCAGCAUAAUUUCUGCCGAAGUCUCAUUGUUUGGUUAUGCGCCAUUGAUCUGUCAGGGCUUGUCUUCAUGCGUCUAUGGGCAUUUUGGGGAUGUAAUCGGUUACUGCUUGUUUCAAUGUUAACAGCGGCCAUCGUUUUCUCGGCCACUGCUGUUUAUUUGACGUAUUCUUACAACAACGUUUUUCCACGAGAGGAUCUGUGGCCCAACAUUUGCAACUUCACAGACAGCAAAUCAUCCGCUAUUGAGUACGGCUUUCUUGCUGCUUACGAAAUUAUUCUUUUGGUUCUCAUUCUUUAUCGCUGGUUCCGCCAUUUUCGUGCGACCAAUUCGAGAAUAGCUUACAUAUUAUACCGCGACACUACCAUUUAUCUGGCCUUCAUGAUAAAAUUACAACGCAUAGCGUCUAGCGGCAUCCCUCGCAAACAUUGCCAACAAGGUCAUCAGUGUGAAUCUCAGUUUACAAAUCACCAUACACAGUAUCAUCUCCGCGCGGAUCUUCUUUCACCUGAGAAGAGCGAGCGCUGCUGA